AUGGCCUUAAUUAGAGAAACAGAAUUGAAGCCUCCCAUAGAGUUAAGAAUAGAAGAUUAUGAGGUUGGACGUAAGAAGGAAGUUUUUUCGGUAUGCAAAAGUAGUGGAAGUCUGUUUGGAAAUACAUCUGGAACAGGAUUUAGCACUUCAUCGUCAUUAACUGGACUAAAACCAACGAGUGGUUUUGGAACACCAGGAGAAUCAGCGUUUACAUUUGGCAGCCCAGCACCCACGGCAACUCCUGUCACACCUGGAGGCGUGUCACUGGCUAGUUUGAUUACAAAUGCCACCUCUUCCCCAUUCACAGAGGGGCUUACACUUGGUAAAACCUCUGACUCCACUGGGAUAUCAAACACUGGGUUUACCUUUGGUGGGGGCUCGACUCAACCUACGGUUGGUGGAUUUAACUUUGGGUCUGCAGCAGUAGAAAGUUUGACAACAAAUGCCACCUCUUCUCCAUUCACAGAGGGGUUUACACUUGGUAAAACCUCUGCCCCCACUGGGACAUCAAACACUGGGUUCACCUUUGGUGGGGGCUCGACUCAACCUACGGUUGGUGGAUUUAACUCCGGGUCUGCAUCAUUACUAGGUUUUACUUUUGGAGCAGCCAAACCAACAGCACCUGCUACGGUGAAUCCAACGCCAGAAUUUACAACUGGAGGCGCAACGACAGGUGCUUCUUCAGCUUCAUCAGGAUUCACACUCACAAGCGACAGUGUAACAGGAGGCUUGUUUGGACUGUUUGGCCAGCAGCAAACAACAGAAGGAUUUGUUCAGAAGCCAGAUGUCCUGUUCAGUACGACAUCAAGUACAACUGGGACUGGAAUUAAAUUUGGUACGACGACGUGUAGCACCAGUGAACUGGCGACAGGUCUAUCUGUUGUAACAACUACAUCAGCUGGGUUAAGUUUACCUGAGACUAAAAGUACAAGCUUUGACUGCGGACAACCCCAGGCUGAUACAGGCGAACUGCUUGGGCAGACAGGAUUAAGAUUGAGUCAACAAAAGGAUGAUCCACCUUCUUUAUCUCCUGGGUUCUCACUCAGUGAAGCUAUGAGUGAAGGAAUGGAAGAACUGAGAAAAGAAAAUGAAUCCUUGAGAAAGGUUAUCAAGAUGUACAAAGAAAACGAGAAAGCUAUGGAGGAGUUACGGAGAUUUUAUUCUGCCCAAGCAAUUAAACACAAGGAAAAUAUGGAACAGGCUGUCAGCCACAAGUUCUUGGAAUUAGUGAGCAAAGUCAGGGAUCUUAAAAAAAUAAGAGACACCACUCCUGGAGAUGGAAAGACUUCUGUGGUGAUCAGAGAAGCAAUUGACUUGACAAGAAAUAAUAGGAUUGAUUUGGAGUCAUUGGAAUCCUUGGAUCAGGUACAAGAGUGUGAGAGUGCUCUUCAACAAGCUCAGGAGUGCUUGCGUCAGUGCGCAGACAAGGAGGAGUUGUUGGCAGCUGGCAUUGUUGCUCAGAGAGACAAGGCAAGGAAAGAGUUCUUUGACUCGAUAGAUUUGUUUUGCCAGGAAGUGGAUUUGAUACCUCUUCAAGAGCGAGAAACAUCAUUACAGCAUGCACUUAGCCAGCUUCAAGAACAAGAAGGUACUUACUGAUACAUGAUUUGAUGACAGCACAGUAAAUCCCCUUAUUAAUAUGACCUCCCCGUCAUUACACCCCCUCUAUCAGUAGGCCUAAAAAAAGUUUCUAUCAGAUAAUUACUAUGCUCCCCCUAGCUUGUUAAUACAGUAAAAA